AUGCCUCUUCGAGCCCCUGCUGACCGAAUGCCCUUGUUGCACGGCAAGAAUGUGCGCGACGAGUGGGAGUGGAUGCGAGAAAAGGUCCGAAGCAGGGUCGGAGUCGCCCUAGGGAACUCGUGGAAUGUGGUCACAGACCCCGAGCUGCUGUACGUGUACGCAGACGAUGACUCCCAGAAGGCUCGCCUCGGUAACAUCAUUAUGUGGUACAUGGAGGCGUUCUGCACGAACCUCGAAUCCUUUGUCAAAACGUAUGGUAGCAUAGGCACACGCGAGCUCAACAUGCUGUGCAACACGAAGACAGUAGAACUCGCCCCACAGGAGGACGAUACCAAGUUCGCGCAUGGCGGUCUGCACAUCAGGAACGGCGAGCUCCGCCUGCUGUUUGCCGAGGGAAGCUUUGGUGUCAAUGUGAGCGAGGUGAGCCGCGACAUCGCUGGUGCUGUGAAAGUUGCCGCAGCAGCCUGCCGUGUUGAUAACAGCGCCAUGAUCAACAUCAAUGCGAACGCGCGCCAAUCCAUACGCGAGUCGUAUGAUCCGAAUAUUGAGUCUGUACAAAGCGCCAUGGCGGUGAUGGUCGGCACAAAAAGGAUCGAACUCAACCCAAACUUUGAGGCUAACGCCGCUCUUUUGGCUGGGGCAGGGCCCAAGGUCCGCGACGACUGGGACAAGGUACUGGGCCUUGCCAGCCUGGACUACUUCAGCAGCCUCACGGACCAGCUCUCGCGCGCCGGCUUCGAGCACGACAGGUUGCUGCAAACAGGGUUUCAGGAAGAAGUUUUCGAGAACAUCAUCUUGCUGCGUGUGGUCGAGAAAUUGCAGAAGACGGGUCAGUAUCAUGAGGUGUUGGUCGAGGACGGUGUGCUCGUUAUCCAGACUACGCCAGAGAGCUUCUGGGUCAAUACGUCCGAUGUUGGCAGCGAGAUCCUUGAGAUAUUGUGA